UUUGCACCAUCGCAGGUGGUGUGGGACAGAGAAGAUGAAGCACGUGAACAAAAAUUACGACAGAGGCCUGUAUCAGCCCUGGUUAAAGCAGUUGUCACUGCUCCACCAUAUGGGCAACGUAAAGGAUGGGUACCAAGAAAUCCAGAGGAUUUUGGAGAUGGUGGAGCAUUCCCAGAAAUACAUGUGGCGCAGUAUCCGCUUGGAAUGGGGAUGAAAGGAAAGGAAACUACCAGCAAUACUCUGGCAGUUCAGCUGGAUGCUCAUGGAAAAGUAAAAUAUGAUGUUAUUGCUAGACAAGGCCACUCUAAGGAUAAGAUUGUUUAUAGCAAACUGAGUGACUUAUUACCCUCAGAAAUCACAAGUGAGGAAGAUCCAACUUUGCAACGUCCACCUACUGAUGAGAUCGAUGAGCUUACAGAGAAAACUAAGAAAGCUCUGGAAAAAAUAACAAGAUCAAAGAUAGCUGCAGCUAUGCCAGUCAGAUGUGCAGAGAAGCAAGCACCAGCUCAGUAUAUUCGAUACACGCCGUCGCAACAAGGACAAUCUUUUAAUUCAGGGGCUAAGCAAAGGGUUAUAAGAAUGGUAGAAGCUCAAAUAGAUCCCUUAGAACCACCAAAAUUCAAAAUUAAUAAGAAAAUACCACGAGGUCCUCCUUCGCCCCCAGCACCAGUUAUGCACUCGCCUACAAGGAAGGUUACAGUGAAAGAACAAAAGGAGUGGAAAAUACCACCAUGUAUCAGUAAUUGGAAAAACGCAAAGGGAUACACAAUUCCGCUGGAUAAGCGUCUAGCUGCAGAUGGCCGUGGAUUGCAGCAAGUUCACAUAAACGAAAACUUUGCCAAAUUGGCUGAAGCUCUGUAUAUCGCGGAUAGAAAGGCUCGUGAAGCGGUAGAAAUGCGAGCACAGCUCGAAAAGAAGUUAGCACAAAAAGAGAAAGAGAAGAAGGAGGACCAUCUGAGACAACUUGCACAGAAAGCCAGAGAAGAACGUGCUGGUUUGAAGUCAGCCGCAAUGGAAAAAUCGGAGGAGUCACGUGAAAGGGACCAACUUAGGCAAGAACGACACAAGGAUCGUGCACGAGAGAGGAAUUUGGCACGUGCUGCACCUGAUAAACGUUCCAGACUGCAACGUGAACGUGAACGUGAUAUCAGUGAACAGAUCGCACUUGGUUUACCAGCGAAAAGUAUUCCUAACUCCGGAGAAGCACAAUUCGACCAACGAUUGUUCAAUACCAGUAAAGGAAUGGACAGUGGUUACGGACAUGAUGACGAAUAUAAUGUUUAUGAUAAGCCCUGGAAAGAUUCUAACUCUAUUGGUUCACACAUAUACCGACCUAGUAAAAAUAUUGACAAGGAUACUUAUGGAGAUGAUUUAGAGAAGCUUGUUAAAACAAACAGAUUUGUCCCAGAUAAAGAAUUCAGUGGAACUGAUAGAUCAACUGCACGCUCUGGGCCAGUACAAUUCGAGAAGGACGAGGAGGACCCAUUCGGUUUGGAUCAGUUCUUGAAACAAGCUAAACGCGCCAGCAGUUCCACUACCACAACCACAAAACGUAAAGAAGAACGAGAACAACGAAGAGACGAUCGCGACAAACGAAGGAAACAUUAA